AUGGAAAGAAUUGAACAAAACCAGACUACCAUGCGAGAAGAGAUGGCUCAAGUGAGGGCCCAACUAGGGCAACUCAUGGACAUCAUGCAGAAUAUCGUUCACCGACAAGAAGAGAAUCACCAGGCUAACUCAGGAGCCAAUGUCAAUGUGAACGCUACCAAUCACAUCAUGGGGAAUGGGGUUCCGAUUGUCACUCAGGCACAUGCUGAGGGGAUGCCUACCAAUCUGAAUGUUGCUCACACUUACCAUGUCCCUAUCCAUAGGGGUUCCCAAGCUGGUACAGAGGACCAUGAUGGACUCUUCUUCGUGCCUAGGAAUGAAUCGGUGUAUGAACCUUUCAGACCACCACAGGCUGAACUCGAAAGGAAACUCAAAAUGAUGGACGAAAGAGUCCGAGCCAUUGAAUUCCCUAACACCUUCGGGCUGGAAGCUGCUGAUAUGUGCUUGGUCAUAGGGGUCAACAUCCCAGCUAAGUUCAAAGUACUCACCUUCGAGAAAUGUCAGGGGAGUACUUGUCCCAAGACCCAUAUGCGGUUCUACUGUAGGAAAAUUAUGGCUUAUUCGGGCGACUAA